AUUGUGCUUGUGUGCACCCAUCAGAGGAUCGCGGAGGUUGACGAUCUAGUUAUAGAAAUUAGUAACACGAGUUUAGAAAGAGUAAACAAGUUUAAACAUCCUGGGGUGCUCCUAGUCAACACCCUAUCUUGGUUCUUGGAAGGACCACAUAGAAUAUAUCGGUAAUAAAAUCUCGUCUAGAUUAGGUAUUCUGCGUCUAGCGCGUAAGGUUCUUCCCAAGCCAACUUGUCAGACACUUUACAAUACUAUAGUCUUACCAUUGUUCGAAUACCGUUCGCCUGUCUGGGACAGUUGUGGGGUUGGGAGCAAAGGGCUUAUCUAG